GAGAGGCAGAUUAGGUUAGACUAGCCUGAAAGAGAGUGAAACUCCAGCUGACAAUUGACAGGUGUCCGUCUGUGAGGAGGGAUUAUAAACCCCCGGAGUGAGCUCUCUAGCAGCACUCUGAGGCAGGGCAUACAGCUGCACCACUUGGGAAACAACCUCAUCUCUGCUUUUCUUUUUUUCAAGCACCAACAAAUUAUGGGGCUCAGUGAUGACGAAUGGCACCAUGUCCUGGGCAUCUGGGCGAAAGUGGAACCAGACCUCUCGGCCCAUGGACAGGAAGUUAUAAUCAGACUCUUUCAGGUUCAUCCCGAGACCCAGGAACGCUUUGCCAAGUUCAAAAACCUGAAGACAAUCGAUGAGCUGAAGAGCUCCGAAGAAGUGAAGAAACACGGCACCACCGUCCUUACCGCCCUGGGCAGAAUCCUGAAGCUGAAGAACAAUCAUGAACCGGAGCUGAAGCCGCUGGCAGAGAGCCAUGCCACCAAGCAUAAAAUCCCUGUCAAGUACUUGGAGUUCAUUUGUGAAAUCAUUGUCAAGGUCAUUGCUGAGAAACAUCCCUCGGACUUUGGGGCCGAUUCCCAGGCUGCGAUGAGGAAGGCCCUGGAGCUGUUCCGAAAUGACAUGGCCAGCAAGUACAAGGAGUUCGGUUUCCAGGGCUAGCGUGCACAUGAGGCGACACCUCCAUGGAGGCCCAGCAGUGCAUCUUAGAAUAGCUUCCUAAGCCCUGGUUUGGGUGCCUCUUAAGUGACCAUCCAAAAAGCGAGGGGGCGCUUUUGAUUAGAGCAGCGUUCAGUCUCUCACCAAAGAGAGGCGCUCACAGUGAUAUCUGGCUUCACCUAGAGGAGAAAUAAUCUGUUUUCUUAGCAAAAUAAUGUAUUUGUUCGUUAAGGAAUGACCUGAGACCUUCUCCCCUGAGCUCGGCCCCAAAGACCCUAUCUCAUAGCAGAGCCAGCGAGUAGGAGAAUGUUUAGGAAUAGAUGCCUGAGAAUGUGUGUGGGAGAGAGAAACUGGGCUUGAACUGAGAACUCUCCUGCUCGCUGCUAGAAUUGACACCACAGCUGGACCCUGAUGGACAGACUUGGCCAAGGCCUCCAAAAGGAACUCGGGGGUUUUAGGUGCCCCACCGGAGAUGCCAUAAAGUGGCCUGAUUGUCAGGAAGUGCUGAGCUCCUGCCCUCUGAAAAUCAGGUCUCUGUAAGGUGUCAAAGUCACUAGUUUGGAAGAACUUAGCAGCCUCACAUGAGCCACCAAAGGAGUGAAUGAGCUGUGGGGAGCGUCCCACUUCCCCCUAAGGGGGGGUGACAGUCUCUCAAGAGCAGGGAUGAGACAUGUUAGCAGGUUGCAGUGGGGGGCUUGCAAUGGUAUUAUGCCAAUUCUGGGGAUGAGCACAGCCCUUCAGCCUCUGGGGACUGGCAAGUGUGUCGCUAGUUGGUAAACUCUCAUUAGCCAAAACUCUCAAGAGAAAGUGUAGGACUCCCUUGAUCCCCAGCAGCUGCUGCUACGCAUUUGAAUUUCCAUCGCACUGGGUGGUGAAUAGUGUGUUUCACAGUAAAUAAAUAUGCUUGCUGUACCGGA